AAGUUCUCAGCCACAAACUCAACUCGUACUUCAGUUUGAGGCUCAGUCUGCAGCGAGACAUCAUGGAGGCCACAGCUCUCUGCUUCAGACUGUUGAUGCUUGAAUUCACCCUGCUGAACAGUUAUACUCUGAAAAGUGAUGCAGCUUCUCUUCGUAUCACUCCCAACAGACUGCAACACUUUAAGUUGGACUCUGUGACUUUUGAGUGUGUCGGGUCUGAUGCCUCAACUAACCUGAGAGUCAUGAAAACUAAAGCUUGUGAUCCUGAUUGUGAUAAGACAUACACAGGAUCCUCCAGCACCAUUGAGAGAGUCUAUCCAUCAGAUAUUGGAGAGUACUGGUGUGAGACUGGAGGAGGAGAGAGAAGCUACAGCGCCAACAUCACCGUCACUGCUGGUCCUGUGAUCCUGGAGAGUCCUGUCCUCCCUGUGAUGGAGGGAGACUCUGUGACUCUGAGCUGCAGAAACAAGACGACUUCUACCAACCUCCCAGCUGAUUUCUUCAAAGAUGGCCGCCUCAUCAUGAAGAGCAGUUCUGCAGAGACGACCAUUAAAAAUAUCUCCAAGUCUGAUGAAGGACUCUACAGGUGCAGCAUCAGUGGAGUUGGAGAAUCAGCAGAGAGCUGGCUGGCUGUCAGAGGUGAACCCUUGAUCCUGGAGAGUCCUGUCCUGCCUGUGAAAGAAGGAAUCAAUGUGACUCUGAGCUGCAGGAAGAAGUCGACUCUGUCCAACCUCCCAGCUGAUUUCUACAAAGAUGGCCUCCUCAUCAGCAGCAGCUCUACAGGAGAGUUCACCAUCUACAGUGUUUCUGAAUCUGAUGAAGGACUCUACAAGUGCAGCAUCUCUGAUGGUGGAGAGUCAGCAGAGAGCUGGCUGGCUGUCAGAGCUCUUCACAGAGAGACUUGUCCCUCCUGGGAUCACUCCAUUUAUCUUCUCCUCCUCUUGAGGACGGUGUUCACCAUAGUGAUGGUGGCUCUGCUGCUGCUGCUGGUGGGACUGCUUCACUGUGGGAAACUCACAGUUACACAGAAAUGUACUCAUGCAAACAGAGAAGAGUGUGACUGUGGAGGGGGCGUGGUGCAUCAGCUGCAGGAGAGAGGUGUGGAGAGGGCUCAGGAGAGCAGCGCCGGGUGA